AUGUAUCCCAAAAAGCAUCCUGCAAAUAAUCCUUCGGAAAUUAAAUCACGAAAAAACUUAACUUAGCAAUAAAAAGAGGAAUUAAAGCGUCAAGUAGCCGAUCGUCUUUCUAAAAAAUAUGGAAUAUAAAAUUCCGAAUUAAUAAAAGGAGAAGUUUCAAAUUACAUGAAAAACACGACACAUAUAACUGCCGAAGGUUUAAAAAAUCUUGAGGAUUCUAUAAAAGCCUAAACUAAGAAAGAAAAAAGCGACCAAGUGAAAAUAGAAGACGAUGAAUCUGUCAAAUCAGGUAUUUCUAAAAUGUCUGGUGCCACAAAUUUCGAUGAAGUGGACAAAUACACUCAAUAGAAAAAUUUGAGCAAUUAAGAUGAUAAAGAAAGUGAGGUUAAAAAGACUAAAAAAUUACAAGGAACUCAAAUAAAAAAAUACGAGAAUGAUUUAGAUUUUCUAGAAGAAGAAAAUGAGUGGGCAGCUAUAUAUAAAUAUAAUAAAUUCCUUUAUGAUAAAGAAUAGGAAAUGUUACGUCAGAAAAAAAUAUAGGAAGUGAUUUAAACACGAGAAAAUUUAGAUGCUUAGGUAAAAGAGAAGGAAAAACUAAAAGAAAAGGAAAGAAAAUAAAAUUAUAAUUAUGUUGAUAAUAUAAAAGUAUAAAUGGAUAUUUUCGACGAGAAAGAAAAAGAGAAAGCCAUUCAACUUUAAAAAAUAAAGGAAAUGGAAAAAAUGGAUCGGGAAAAAUAAGUUAAAGAAAAUAAGCAUAGAAGAAGAUAAGAUUAAAAAUAAGAAAAAUAAUUAGAUGCUUAUUUAAUGUAAAAAGUAAAGGAAGAAAUAGAGGCUGAUUAAUAAUAUUAACUUUUCAAAAAAGAACAUUAAGCAUAAGUUAUGAAAAAAUUGCUUUAGGAAAAUGAAGAAAGAAAAGAAAGAAUGAGAUAAGAAGCAGAGUAAGAAAGAUAGGAAAAUAUUUAGCUUAUGGAUGCUUAUUGUAGACUUAUUGAUGAGUAGGAUAAAUAAAGAGAUAAAACUUUGUAGGAAAGGGAAGACAAAAUGAAAGAGUAUUAAAGAGCAGCUUUAGAAAAUGUGACUAUGGUGCAUGAAGAUAAAGUAGCGAUUAUGGACAAAAGAAGAUAAAAAUAUCAUGAUAGACAUGAGAAGAAGUUAGACCAAUAAGAAAUUGAUAGAAAAAGAAAAGAAAAAGAAUAGAAAGCGCUUAUGAAAGAGUAUUUAUUUAAAUAAAUGGAAGAAAAAGAAUAAAGAGCAAAGAAGGAAAAAGAAAAUUAUAAUGAAUAGGCUGUUAUUUGGAAAAAUGAUAAUGAACUUUUUAAUUAAUUUUAGGAUAAAAAAAAUAAGGAAAAAAAAGAAGUUAUGUAGACAUAUGCGGGUACACUUAAAGAAUAAAUGAAUGAUAACUUGAAAAAUAAAAAAGUUUGUUUAGCAGCUAUGAAUGAAAAUGAAGCUUAACUUAAUAAAAGAUUACUCGAAGAAUUAGAUAAUAUAAGAUAAGAAGUUAAAAGAAAUUGA